CUUCCCUCUUCCUCCCUUCACUCCUUCCCGCCCGCCACCGGCACCGCCGCCGCCACCGGGGUGGGGCCCGCGCCCGCUGCCCCCCGCGCCGCCCGGCCCCCGCUGCCGGCCGCGGGCUGAGCGCGUCUCCCGGGGGCGCGGCCCCGUCCCUCCGCGGCGGAGGCUCCAUGGUGCCCGCCGCCCCCCGCCGCCCCGCAGCAACAGGCAGGACGAGGAGGAAGCGGCCCCCGGGGGUCCGCACCGCCCCGCCGCCGGCCUGAGCGGCGCCGCCGCCGCAGCGGGAGCGACCGAGCGGGCGGGGGGCGCCCGCGGGCCGCCGGCGAUGGCGAACCAGCUGGUGAUCCUGAACGUCUACGACAUGUAUUGGAUGAAUGAAUAUACUUCUUCCCUUGGAAUUGGAGUGUUUCAUUCAGGUAUAGAAGUGUAUGGCCGAGAAUUUGCCUAUGGUGGUCAUCCAUACCCUUUUUCUGGAAUAUUUGAGAUUUCACCAGGAAAUGCUUCUGAGCUAGGAGAAACAUUUAAAUUUAAAGAGGCUGUGGUUCUAGGCAGUACUGACUUUAUGGAAGAUGAUAUAGAAAAAAUAGUAGAAGAGCUUGGAAAGGAAUUCAAAGGAAAUGCUUAUCACCUAAUGCACAAAAACUGCAAUCACUUUUCUUCAGCUUUAUCUGAGGGGCAGAGAGACUCAUCACAGUAUUGCCCUGCGUGUGGUGUGAAAGCGGUUUCGGAGAAGUUGCAGGUACCCCAAGACAGCCUGCACCACCUGCCCUGUGCCACUGACAGUCUGUGCAGCCCCAAACCCCAGCCAGGGGAGCAGGAGGAGGAGGAGGUGGAGAAGGAAGGAGCAGAAAUUUCAGAUCACUUUAGCUCCUUACUGGUGGGUACAGCUCACACCAGCACAAGAGGCAGCGCUGUUGCCAUCUCUGGGGGCAGAAAUUUAUUUUUUGCCCUGCAAAGUCCAGCCCAGCAUUAAGCCAGCAAAUGCACCAGCCGUGUGUUGAGCAUGUGGUGAGAUAACCAAGAGGCUGCAAGGAGACUGUGCUGCAGCAGCUUGAGUGCAAAUAGUAAAGGCAGCAACAGUGGCUUAGAGACAAGUGCAGCCACUGUGAGUCUGCCUGUCCCUCUUACCCAGGUACUGAGCAGGGCACUCUUUAUUCAGUGUUUGCUUUCAUACACCGAGUGGUCAAACAUCAGACUUGUUGGAUAGGCCUACUCUUACAUAAGUUGCUCUCAGAAAUACAUGUAUUAUUCAAUAAACCAAGGUCAUGGCUCGCUGAAAAGCUCUGUAGCAACAAAGCAAGCCAAUCUUUGAUGGAAUAAUUGGCACAAAAGCAUGCAGAACUUAAAAAGCUUAACUCUCCCUCCAUGUUAUUAAUUACUCAACUGAGUUUCAUUUGGAAGGAGUCCAUGAAAGUAUAAGGAGGUAUUUAACCUAACAAGAGAAACUCUACAGCCCAGGUUAGGCAGUGUGGUGGAGGCCUGUGGUCGAUGAUCAGGAGCGGUGGUGUGAAGUUCAGCUGUGCCCACCACAGCAGUGACUCACAUCUCCCAUGGAAGGAGGCAGGACAGAUGGGUACAGCCCUGUGCCUGUUCAGCUUAGUGCAGUGCUUGCACCUGCAGGUAAUACCUUCAGCAGAAAACAGCCUUGAAUAAUAAUCAGGCAAUCACAAAGGAUAUCUGGAAGCAGAUGCCAGUAGGGUGGAAUUAAUUUCUAGCGUGAAUUUUGAUGUUUCUAGAAGUUGAUCCAACAUUUUACAAAAAUGUUGUCAAUAACACAAAUGCUGAAGGCAGCCAAAUCAGACAUCAAACUUUAUUUUUUAAGUCCUGCAAAUGACAGUUGAUCAUAGCACUAAAGCACAAGUGCUUGUAGUUGAAAAGUUCAUUGGUGGAGUGAGAGCUACAUGAUCCUGGUAUCUUCCUGUGAAUAUUUUUCUGCAUCUCUGCUGCAAAAUCCACUCAAAAUGACUAUACCAGGUUACCCGUGACCCAGUUUAUGGGGAGACUCCCUCAGCAAGGGUCUACAAAACUUGAGGAUAUAAAACUAGAAAUCCUGGGAGCAAUGCAUAGUCUGUUGUGCAGUGUUUCAUCUCCUUAUGCAAUGUUAAAGUGCAUCUACGCAGGCCUGAGGAGUAUAAACACUAAUCACUGAAGUCAUAAAGAACUUUACAGUACAACUAACAAGCAAUUAGAUACCUCUUAAUUUAGAAGCAGAACUUGAUGGUCUGUAAUCCAUCAAAGGAGGAACAAAGCCCCACAGAAGACAGAUCUGGUGUUUUAUGGGAGAACUGUGUAGCUCACAAAUGCCUGUAAGCACAGCGUUGAAGACACACAGCAUGAUCAGACACACGAUUUGCCAAAGACCUGCUUUUACAUCUAAGUUUAGCUGAUCAAUAAAGUGUUUAAAAGAACAUAAGGGUCACUCCAUGGAAGAGGACAGCAAAAGAAUAAUGCAUUAUGUGAUAUUUAUAUAUAAAUAUAUAUAUAUAUGUAUAUAUAUAAAAGGUGGUGAUUAAAUGUACAGAGAGGGGAGCUUGGGCUCUUUGGACUCAAACUGCUGGACAGGCAGGGCAUGAUUCAGUUACCUACCCCCUGGCAUUGGCUGCCUCUUGAUUUAGUACAUAAGGUGUUUUCCCAGCUGAUUUAAAUCUCUCAUGGGAGUAACAAAACACUCGUACCUGAGAGGAGCUUGUUUGGCAUGGAUGGAGUUUUCAGGAUUGAGUAAAUUUGCCAUCAUGUAGCCUUUCCCAGAUUUGCUUCAGAACCUUCCUCCCAGCUCAUGUCAGAAAAGGCUCAGAUGUUUCUUGGAGCCUUGCCAGAGAGAGUAGAGGCUGAUGUGGGGGAAUCAGCUUUCCAGCCUACUGCUUUUCUUCCUGGAUGAGCAAUUUAUCUCAAAGCACUCCACCUCCUCUGAACACCUCUCACCCAGGCGGGCAGCAUUCCCUGACAGAACAGCUCAGUAUUUUUCCUGAUGAGUUUGCAAAGUGCUUGGCUUUGCACUCCAGCUGGUCCAGCCAUGGCUUAGCACUCAGGAGCUUCAAGGAAAAGCACAGAGCCAUGGUGCUGCCUAAGUGGUCGGGGCCAGAACAGAGUCAGGAGAUGGGUCCCAUAGGUGCCGCAAAGCAACCAGAGGAGCCAGGUUCCGUAUCCGACUCAGGCUAAGGAGGAAGCUUGGUCAGAAGAUAAGGAGAUGUUCAAAAAACAAGGCAAGAGCCUGGACAGAAGAGAGGAAUUCAAGGAAACUGUAGAAGAAAGACUGUCUGUCUUGUAAGAACCCAGCGAGUAAAGGAUAGAUUUGUUUUCAAAAUCUUUAUUCUAUCUUACAAUGUUAUUUAGAGAGUUGUGUUGUCAGUUCCAACUCCUUUUCUGUUCCAACAAAACAGCCUUGGACAGCAGUGUGAUAAAAGGUGGAGAACAGCAGCACACAGUUCAGCUCAGUACCUUGUGUGACUCACCCAGCCCAGCAGAAACAGCAACCCUGCCAGCUCAGGGAUGCCAGUCCAUACCUCCCUCUGCUCUCAAUGCCUCAGGCUGCCCCUGAGACAGCCAAACUCUCAGAUCCGGGAAUGAGUGCUCACACCUGACUCCCAGAUUGUUCAACCGGUCCCUUUUUAUUCAGGCAAACACAUCAACUUUCAAACCAGUCUAGAAUUUGCUUGACCCACAGUAGUGACACAAGUGGAGACUGUAAGUUUCAAAGUUAGUUCCCAGUGUCCCUUUCCCACAGCAGCACACAAAGUACGGGAAAAUCACCCAACAGCCCUGUGCAAAUUGUUAUCUGAGAAUCUGACAAAUGCAAUUAGAUCACACAGUGAUAACUGAACUCUGUCUCAGAUCACAACAGAGGGGCCUUCUGAUAGUGUCACUGAACAUUUCCUCUGUAGCUUUGUCUUGCAAACCAAGGUGUUCCUUCAGCCCUGCGGGACUGCCCGUGCCACUGCUGUGCCACAGCACUGAGACAGCAUCCUCAGCACUGGGAGAAGAAAGCAUGGCUGGCAGAUACACACCCAGAACUGCUGCAGGUGAAUCCAGCAAAUGACAUGUACGAAAUCUCUGUAUCCUGAUGUGUGUUAAAACAGCACAGGUUUUUGGCUGUUUUUUUGUUUUAACAGACUCAUGUAUUUGGUUUCUCUGUCUGAGGGCAAUAUGUAUGUGAGACCUUCACUUCCAGGAGCUAGCAGAAUUUUCCCCCAGAUGGAAGUUCCUUGGUCAGUAACUGGGGCAGAGACAGAAAGGUAUUAAUCAUGCAGGAGCAGGAGGAAGUUUCCUUGCUGAGAAGAUUCCUUCAAACCCUUCAGCGCAGAAGCCACCAGCUUCACCUCUGACCUUCACCUCUCUAACCUUUAUCAAAUUUUCCAUCUGUGACUGUGGCUUACACAACCAUUUUCAAGUUUCUCUACAACUUGUCUUUUCCCCAAGAAUUAUACUAACAAACUUAAUAAAUUUGAAAUUAUCAGUAGGCUUUAAGACUUUGGGAGGUUAGUGUUUUGCUAAAAUAUCAGUGAAUGUGUGUUAAAAGGGAUUCUAGAGACUUUUUAGAAACUUAGCUGGUUUAAUUAUGAAAAAAUUACGUUUAACCAACACUUACAUAAAUCUGCAGACUCUGGACUACUUGUAUCUGACAGAGCUUUACAAAUAAGCUACAAUCAAUUCACAUGACAUUCUUUGUAACUACAAUUUGAAAUUGUCUAAGAAUAUGAAAUUAACUGAAAAAGCAGCCUUUUGUGGAUAAUACUAAAAAAAAAAAAAAUUAGCACUUUCCUUAGCUGAAGUCUGCACGAUUUUGUCAAUUAUCUAUCUGAGCUCUGGCUGUGAAAUCAGUCGCUUAAAAGCCCUGUGACAGGUGACAGGUUGUUCUUAGCAGACACACCCCUAAUUACUAAGGAGCUGAUGGUUUCUGAGGCUUAAAUAAAAACAAGUGCUUAAAUUCUCCUCCUCUGAAUGUACAGCAGUUCUGCAUUUUCUUGGAGAAAGACCUAAUAAAUGAAAUGGCGAGGGGUUUGGGGACCAUUUCAUGAUUUAUCUUAAAAAUAAGAGCAUAAUGCCUGAGAUUCUUCUUAGUGAAUGCCCUUUUGCCACAACUUGUCUGAGCAGAUAAUUAUGUCAGUUAUAGAUAAGAUUUUAAAGAGAUCUCUAAUAUGUUCAAAAUCUGAGACUUGCCUGUAGUUAAGUUGGGAAAAAAACCCAGAACUCUGAACAGCAUUAGUUUUUUAGUGUUCAUGAUGAGCAUUUGAAAGAGAUGGGGGAUUUAAGACAAACUGCUGUAUUGCAAUGAUCAUCUUGAGUGAUGAGUUUAAAGGCAAACAAAUGUAAAAAGGAAACCAUAAACUAGGGGAAUGCACUUACUGCUCCCAAGUACAAGAAUGAGAUGAGAAUCAGGAGGAAGCAACACCAUUAUUCAGAAUUAUACUGUCAGGAGCCCGUGUUAGUGCUCUGAAGGACCAUUCAUCACAAUAAGCCCUCCUUUCUCUUCCUCACCUGAGAAGUGGCCCCUUUCUGAAGCACGGGAUUUGGUGAUGGUUGUUGUUGAAUAUUUCUGCCAACAGAGACUUUCCCAGGACUGGAAGAACAACUCACCAGCCACCUCUGGCUGCUGUUAGCCUAAUUUAGCUUGAGCAGACGAGAAAAACCAAUCUAUCAGACAUCAAUUAUGUAAGAAUUUUAAAUAGUUUGUAAGUGAGGCAAUUAAGCACGUGUUUAGCUUCUGCUCUUGUUCCUGCAGAGGUACUGGGAAGGCACAAGUCAGACAUGCUGGGAAAAUAGAACUAUCAGCAUGGGAAAAUGUAUGGGAAAAUAAACCCACGAGUAUGAAGGAAAAAACCCUUCUGUAUAAUUCAGUGGCCCCUGAACAGAUGCCUGUGCUCAGGAAGUCUGGUCUGAAACUCAAUUUAGGGAGGAGGUAGUUGUCACACUGGUGAGGGCAGCAGCACUGGGCCUUACCCUAGGGAGACUCCAGAAGGCUUCCCCAGCAGCACCGCUUGGCACACGGAGGGGAAUGGCAACAGUUGAGUGCAGAGAGUGCACACAGACCCCCCCAUGUCCAUCUGGGAGCAGUUUCCCCAGCAACUCAAAGAGCUCCAGUUGUCCUGCUGCUUUCCAAAACCUCAGAGCUCAGCUUCUGCACUGCACAUGCUGUCCCGCUCCACCAAAUUCUGAUGGCUGUCUUGCAUCAGGUGCUCUCUCCAGUUAAUGAUUUUAGCCCAGCUCCCGAUGCUUUAGGCAGGAAACCAGGAUCCUCCAAAAUCAAAAUGUGACAGAAGGUUGUAGCCCUCGGUAGCCAGCCACCAACAGACUGACUCAGCCUUCAGCCAGGUCACAGUGAGGCAUCAGGAAAAGACCUGAAAACACCAAGCAACAAGAUAUGAGGUAUUUUUAAUCUCUGCUGCUUCUCAGAAAGCAGCAGAAACCAUACCAGGUAGAGAAAUAUUUAUGUGCUAAAUUAACACUCUCAGUGUGCAAGACAUGAAGUCAUUCUGUUAGCGUUCAGGAACACAUAAUCACGAGAAAUUAUUAUAUGCAGGUGCUUUUAUUGAAGAGCUCUGGGUGUCAGGGGUACAAACCCAAAUCUGACUCCGACAUAAGUUUGGGAUGAACAUGUUUUAUAUUCUACUGUUAUAUAACUUUCAUGUUAAUUAUUAAACUUACAUUGUUCUAUAGUAUACACAGAUUUCAGCCAAGCAUGGCCACCUUAGACUAGGAACAUACAGCUUCUCAUUGUUCUUCUUUAUGAUUAUACAAUAAUUAUUUUAAUUACUAAACAAUUAUCACAUCUAGCAAUUAUACUACUUACGCAGGUAAAACACAAGGCUUAACAUUUCAGAGUUUUAUCUUAGCAUUUUUCCAAGGCCCCACUAUCAAUUCCUGUCACGAACAAGAAAAACCUUGAAUUCUUGCCAGGGAAUCUGGACACCACAGCAGGACACCUAAGGUGCUUGCAAAUCUGGAACAACUGUUUGGAAAUAAUAUGUUGUGUUUGACUUUGAACUCUCAAAUCUCAUCCUUGCAGACUGCCUGUUUCUCGUGAGAUCCUUCUGAAACCAUGUGCAAUUUUUUUCCUUUACCCCUUGCCAAAGGUGUGUUAUUUUGUGUAGGAGAUCCUGCCCUAGCAGACUGAAACCAGCCUUUGUAGCAUGACGAAACAACACACACUGACUUCUCUGAAUCUCUCCAUGUAUUUUGGAUGGCAGCUGUCUCAGGAAUAUACUGUAACUUCCAGUGGAACAAAACACCUUACAUGUGGCAGGGUACUGGCAGAGAGUCAUGUCACCAGACAAUGUGGGGUGGGGAUAAGCCAAUGAAAUAUACUUUAAACUUGAUUACAAAACUAAAAUAAAACUCACAAACUCCUUGCCCCCCCUCACCCACUAAAGGGUAAAAACAAAAGGAAAAAAACCUCAACAAGAUACAAGAAGAUCUACCUGAUACCUCAUAAUUUUUUGACGCAUGGCAUGGCUUCUGAACAUCCUCUCCAGCUGUCUGGUUUGAGUGUCUACUUUGAUACGCUCUGCUCCUUGAAUGUGACUCCCCUCUCCCUGAAUGCUGCUAAUUACCCAUCCACUAGAACGGCACACUGCAUGCAAAAACACAUCACCAAAGUGGCUGCUGGCACACCAUCUCUUUUCUCUAGCCUUCAGUGAUAUCACUGUCUGUGUUGUAUCACUUUCCCUUCUCCGGGCUUUAGCCUAAUCUUGGCAGAAAUGCAAGAGCACCAGUGAGUCAUGCAAAAAUUUAAUUUAUCUAGUAUUGGAUAUAUAGGGAAAAGUGUAAGGACAGAGGAAGCACACCAUGAUAACUCCUCAGAAUACCCUUGCAGCUUCCAGUGACUUGUGCUGAGGGAAUUCUUACGUCUGAGAGGGUGCCUGAGCAUUAAAUAAGCUUCAGUAUACUUUUUCCCCUAUGAAUUUUCUAAUUUUGUUGUGCUAUUUAAACAGCUUAUUUCUAAAUAAAUUUCAUACUCAUGCAA